AUGGCGAGUCUAACCCCCGGCAUCCUCCUCAAGCUCCUCCAGUCGAUGAACACGCCGACCAAGGUCACCGGCGACCACCGCAGCCCCCUCCUCCAGGCUGCUAUAUCCAGGCGUCUAAGUGAUGUUCAUGAUAAUCCGCCAAGCGAUGUAAAAUCUGAAAGCUCUGUAGAGCAGGAGAAAGCCAAUGGUGCUGCUCCAGUGAUCACUAUCCAUGAAAAGAAAUGGACUGAUGGCAGUGUCUCACUGGAUAUGGUUUCUUCUGGUCUUGCAAAACUUGGGAAGGAUGCUAUGGAAAGAAGGAAAAUUGCUUCAGCUGUUGCUGCUGAAGCUUUGGAGGAGGCCAUUGCCACAGAAUCAAUCGUGAGAAAUCUAAGCAUGUUCUCAGAGCUCAUUGCAACCUCGAAACCUGAAAACCCGCUACCAACCAUAGACCGUUUCAUGUCCAUCUAUGAGGAGGUCCUAAAAUCAACAGCAUCCGCUGAAGCAAUUUCUGGUAACGGUAACUUAUCCGAGUUAAAAUCGAGCAACAGCAGCAGCAGCAGCACACUUUGGGUGGAAGCUGCUCUGGCUACGAAUCUCGAGGUUGUCUCCUUACUCACGAAUGAAAAUUUCCAAACUCCUCCAAAAGCCGACAAGAAGCGAACAUCGGCCGACACUCCUUUUAAGAAUAGCAACACGAAACCCUCCCCAUUAUUAGUCGGAAAAUGGAGCCGGUGUGUGGGAAUGAACGAGACGGUUGAGCUCGGUAAGAAUUUGCAGAUCGAGAUGCAGAUGUGGUUUGUGAGGUUCGUGGAGUCGUCUCUCAAUGCCGGUUUUCAGGUAUUUGGGAGUAGUGUUGCCGCCGGCGGUGGGCCCAUGGCGGCCGUUUUGUCGCAGCUAAAGCGGGUCAACGACUGGUUGGACCGUGUGGCGUCCAAACGAGACGAGUUGCUGAUGGAGAAAAUCGAGCGGCUGAAGAGGAAGAUUUAUGGGUUUGUGAUCCAACAUGUUGGGACAACCGUGGAGAGUGUAUGA